AUGCGCUUCUCCUUGGCCCUCGGGCUCGCGGCCCUUGCCGCCACGGUCGAUGCCUCCAUUGCCCGCCGUCAGAGUUCUGCGUCGCCUGGUGCCUCUGCUACACCUAGUCCCAGCGCGCCAAGUAGUUCUACGCCUACCUCAACCUCAACAACCCCGUCCACCACCACCGAGACCGGCGCAGACAGUACUACCACCGUGACCGAAACCGUCACCGGCACAGCAAAAUCUACCUCGACCACGGAAGUGGCAGGCUCUACCAUUUUCUCCACCAUGACCGAGACGAGCACCGUCUUCGUCACCGCCACCGUCACCAGCAGUGAUAACACUAUCGCCACACAGACUGUCUGGGAAACGACAACAGUCAAGGUUGAAAAGCGCAACCUCGCUCUUGCGACCGCUCCUGCUCUUGUAACUCCUACUGCCGUCCCCGCUACUGCCGCCCCCGCCCCCUUAGCAAACCGUGCUGUCAAGACAUCUACGACGACUGUCACUGUCAACCCCUCCGCCACCGUCGUCACCGUCACGAAGGACAUAGUCACUUUUAAAUUUACCACCACCACUGUCACUAGCACCGACACCGAGACCAGCCAGGCCAAUGCAAAGACCACCACUACUGUUACUAGUACCAAGACUGUUUCCUCCGUCGUCGUCACCCAGACCUGGAGCAGCAUCGACUCCACCCCGACCAGCAAUCCCUCCACCACCACCGCCGCUGGCGGAGGUGGCGGCGGUGGCAGCACCGACAAUGGACUCUCCACUGGCGCCAAGGCUGGUAUCGGUGCUGGCGUUGGUGUUGGUGCCCUUGUCAUCAUUGCCGGUGCCAUCUUUUUCUGUCUCAGACGCCGUAAUCGCAAUCCCAAGCCUGAUCCCGACAUGAUGGCAGGUGCCUCAGAAGUUCCUGUCGGUGGCAGACGUCCCAUGUCUGAAGAUUCUAGCACUGCCUUCCGCCCACCGCCCGUUCGCACUCCCGUCAACAAGGCCCCAGAAGGCUACCGUGGAACAGCCAUGGGCGACGGUAGAGCUGGAUAUGCCAAACCCGAGUCUUACGGUUCCAGCUACGGCCCCAGCCGAAGCACCACCACCACAGUACCUCCCGCCAGAAGCAGCGCUGGCGCCGAUGCUCUGCCCGAGCAUCCAUCCCCCGGCUCCGAACAUGUGCUGGCGGCAGUUCCUCACAUGGGAUCUGUCUCCCCCUCCAAUGUUUCGCCGCCACCACCCAAGCAAGCAACGAUGCUCCCCCAGACAUAUGCCCAUGAGCUGGGCACAGACAACAACUUGGCGGCCAACAAGUGGCACAGCGAAUCCGCUGCUGAGAUUGACAGCCAGCCUGUCUCAGGUCACCAGAGCGGGCCUGUGUACGAGAUGGCGACUGAAAACUACCGAUGA